GUUAGUUCCUGGGCUAUGGUAGUUGAGUGACUUGACCCAAAAUCUUGGUGAGAGCAAUUUUAUUUGCCUGUCACAAAUAUAUUGGACAUUUUACCGUGUUAGAAUGAGUAAAUUUGCACAGGCGGAAUUUCGCUUAUGUAUGUCGUCAUCUUAGAUGGAUUGUCAGCAGUUUAAGGUCAUUAUCAAAUCACCCAAUGACAAAAUACCUAGUUUGACGGUACAAUGCCUCUCUAACUGGCUGGUAAAGGACUUAAAAAACUACUUAUCUGAACAUCAUCCUUCCCAGCCUACCGUUUCAUGUCAAAGACUUAUUCAUGCUGGCAAGCUCUUGAAAGAUGAUACGUUAUUCUCAGACAUAUUUAGUGGGGUCGAUGGUCCUCAAACAAUUCAUUUGGUGUGCCCCAACCCGAAAGUGAUGCCUGAUUCUAUCUCCAACGAACAAGGCGGCAAUGCUUGGUCUAAUAUUUCGCCCGAGCAAAUGCAAAAAUACCAGCAAGCCUAUUACCAUUAUUUACAAACUUUUUAUAUGGAAAAUCCUCCAGUGAACCGAACCGAGUACCACACACAAGACUACUGUUGGCCAUACUACUUUGGAACAGGGACUACAAUGCAAACGCAUCCCGGGAACUCUAGUUUCCCUAACAAUCCUUUUGUACCACAAACUCCCAGCUCUUCACACCAAGCAACACCAAGCACUUCACCUGGCAAUACACAACAGUGGAUUCAGAGAGCUCAGGCACUUUUGUCCAGUUGGGGUGUACGUAAUGGUAAUCGGCACCGUAGAGAAGCAGCCGAGGCACUAGAAAAUGAAAAUGGUGUUAACCGAAGAGCUGAUCAAAUUCAGCCCCAAGCAGCACAGGAAGUUUUAGUAUUCAAUAACGCAGUACGAAAUAACAAUCGACCUGAUGAAGAGGUUAACGGCGCAGGAAAUAUGGACAUAAUUGAUCGUUUUUACAUGCUUUUUCGACUAUGCCUUUUCGUGGGGCUUUGUUUCGCAUAUUCGUCUUUGGACAAGGCACUUAUUGUUUUCUCAGUUGCUGCUUAUGUAUACCUGUAUAACAUCUACCGAAGAUACGCUGUUGUAGAGCGUAUAGUACAGGCUCAACAACCACCACAACAAAAUUCGCAAGGUGCGCAAGGCGAUUUAAACCCUCCAGUAAGUGAACAACCUGUGAGUCAACAUAACCAACAUGUUCAGGAAUCCACUGAAGACCAAAUAAAUGUUAACGUACGUGAUGAACGGGAGUCUAGACUUACAAGGAUAACUACAAAUCUGCGAUUGGCAGUAAACCUAUCUUAUCAGUUCUUUUCAGCUCUGGUUUCCUCAAUUAUUCCAGAACAACCGCCACCACUACACCUAGACUAAAGUUGGAUAUCCACUAACUUAAUCACAGAACACUAUAUUUUGUUUAGUAUGUUAUCAACAACCCUAUCACCUCACUUUAUUUUCAUUUUAUUUAACCCGUAAUUUAUGUUGUUUUAAAAAGUGCCUUCCUACUUAUAUUUGUACGCACAAUACUAAGAAAAGCAGUAUUUUGUCAAAAGUUCGAUUAGCAACACAUUUAUUUUAAAUAUUUUACCAGAAAUUUAGUUGUCAUCAAGUUGAACACUAAUUGAUGUCAGGUUUUUUCGGACUGAUUGGCGAGUAAUUAUCUAAUUGCUUGCAAGAUAUUAUUAUAUUUUGAAGAUGCGUUUUUACUGCUAGAUUGGUCUCUUACCUGUGCUUUUAACAGCUGGUAGUAUGUAGUCAGUGAUUCCGAUUAGUGUAGGUGCUGAUACAACCAAGUCAUAAUCGCCA